AUGGCACUGUCGGCUGACGAUAUAUCAUUUUUGCACUAUAAGGCUCCCAUUACUCGUCAAUCGCUGAAGGCAACCAGAAACAUGGCUUCCUGCAACCCAUCUAUACUGGAAUCUCUCUCCUUAAGUCUCCUAUCCUUCCUGUUCUUUACUUUGCUCCUUGCUUCUUUAAACUUCUACGCCUUGAAUUCCAUCAGCACUGGCACUGUCGACCAAGCUGAUGCUCUCCUCAAAUGGAAAGCUACUCUCAACAACCAAAGCCAAUCUGUUCUCCAUUCAUGGACACUACUUCAUCGUAAUGCCACCAAUUCCUCUCUGCGAUCUCACCCGUGGUGCAGUUGGAUUGGAAUUGCUUGUGAUCAAAGGGGUAUCAUCACUGAUAUUAACUUACCAAGUAUGGGCUUGCAAGGUAUGGUGAAUAACUUCCCCAUCCCAUCAUUUCCUGCUCUUACAACUCUGAAUCUUACUAAUAAUAAAUUUCUUGGCACUGUUCCAUCCAACAUUGCUAACCUUUCGGUUAUCAACUACCUCGAUCUGUCCAUGAAUCAGUUCUCUGGAUUAAUUCCAUAUGAAAUCUGCUUACUUACCAGUCUUAAAAUCUUGUUUCUUGACCAGAAUAAUUUCAAUGGAUCAAUACCAAACAGAAUGGGUAGAUUGAAAGACCUAACCAUUCUGGCCUUAUACUCCAACAACCUCUCUGGUUUCAUACCUGAAUCUCUAGGUACCAUUCCUCAGGAAAUAGGAAAUUUGAAAAAGCUCAAUUCGUUAAGCCUGGAAAGUAAUAAUCUUGUUGGAGUACAUGGUCAGAACGGCACACGGUCUCAGCUUCGAUUCCUCAUCUGUGCAUCUAUGAUUCAAUUGCAUGGUGAAUUUUCAACCUGGGGACAGUGCCAAAACCUGCAAGCUCUACGGAUGGCAGGGAAUAAUAUUACUGGUAAGAUACCUCUGGAGCUUGGGAUGCUAACUCAAUUGCAUUUUCUUGACCUUUCUUCAAAUCACCUGUAUGGAGACAUUCCUAAGGAAUUUGGUGAGUUGACAUCUUUGCUAAAUCUCAGUCUGAGUGGAAACCAACUUUCUGGCAGUUUACCAUUAGAAGUUGGAAGACUAUCCAGCCUAACAAAUCUUGAUUUGUCAUCAAACAGUUUGAGUGGAAAAAUACCAAAAGAAACUUGA